CGAAGAAAUGGCAGCUGUUACGCAAACCUCUUCUUCUUCAAAAGAAACCCACGUAACUUUCAUUGUCCGGUGAAAAUGGAAGUGCCCAAACCCCUAACCCUAGCUCACCACACAGUGGUUUUUCUUCUCAUCCUCGCCAUCCACGAGGCAGUCCCUGACGAACCAACGUUCCCGAUCGGACACCAGAUAGAGGAGAGAGAUGCACUCUACUCUCUUAAGCGUGCAUUCAACCACCCUCUUCUCAACAUGAAUUGGGAUGGGCUCCCAUGCGACAUGAACAGCACAAACACUACCUGGUAUGGAAUCUCAUGCGAGCAGAGUCGGGUCACAGGCAUUUCUUUGGAAAGUCUUGGGUUGAUCGGUCAAGUCAACGUAGAUGCACUGGUCAAUCUCAGUCAACUGAUCUUCCUGAGCUUCAGGAACAACUCGAUCUCCGGCAGCCUGAUGGAUUUCUCCACGGCCAAGUUGCUGACGCACGUUGAUCUGUCCAUCAACAUGUUCGACGGGCCCAUCUCACCUUCUCUGGUGGGCCUUGAUCGGUUGGUCUCAUUACAGCUCCAGAACAACUCCUUGAGCGGUAAAAUCCCGCCGUUCGGCCAGCAGAGCUUGAGAGAAUUCAAUGUUUCUAAUAACAAUCUCUUCGGCGAGAUCCCGUUAACUCCCGUUCUCCAGUCGUUUAAUGCGUUGUCGUAUUCCAAUAAUCAGAACUUGUGCGGCUCGCCUUCCCCGAUCCUAUGUAACCGUCACAAUAUCUAUUCGUUGUAUGGCGAAUCGCUGUCGAGCAAUCCACCAACCGAACCGCCUACGAAGAAGAAUCAGGGGUUUUUCCAAGGGACUUCUUUAGUUGCCAUCCUUGCAGUGUUUGGGUUACUGGCUCUUGCUCUCGUGACUUACUUUUUCUGCGUUUACUACAAGAAGGCGAGAUCGAUGGAGGGAGUGAAGAAAUCAGGUUCCGAAGUGGUGAGGAAAAGGAAGGCAGUAGAGAUGGAGAAGAGAGAAGAGAGAGUGGCCACCAAGGAAGAGAGAGAAAAUCUUUCGUUCAUGGGUAAUAUAAGCGGUUUUGAGCUCAAUGAUCUUUUGAAAGCUUCGGCGGAGGGGUUGGGCAAAGGAAGUUUUGGGUAUUCUUAUAAGGCGAUGAUGGAUGACAGACCGACUGUGGUGGUGAAACGAUUGAGGGAUUUGAACCCGUUGAGCGGCGAUGAAUUCGGAGAGCAGAUGAGGUUGCUAUCCGAUCUAAAGCACCCCAACCUGCUGCCUGUGAUUGCUUAUUAUCAUUCCAGAGAAGAGAAGCUGAUGGUUUGCAAAUUUGCAGAGAAUGGGAAUCUCUUUGAUCGCAUUCAUGGAGGUAAAGAGAAUAACAGAAUUCCAUUCAGAUGGAGCUCGAGGCUGUCAGUAGCUCGAGGAGUAGCUCGAGCGAUGGCGUAUUUGCACCAAAAUGUCAAGACGAGCAGUGCAAUUCCCCACGGCAACUUAAAAUCAAGCAAUGUACUUUUCGACGAGAAUGGUGUUGCCCUUGUUUCUGAUUAUGGCCUUAGUUCACUGAUUGCAGUCCCAAUUGCUGCCCAACGAAUGAUUGCCUACAAAUCACCUGAAUAUCAGACUCGCCGUAAAAUUUCAAGGAAAUCUGAUGUAUGGAGCUAUGGUUGCCUUCUCCUUGAGCUCAUCACAGGUAGAAUGUCUAGUCACUCUGCCCCACAAGGCGUUAAGGCCGUGGAUCUCGGCACUUGGGUCCAUAAAGCUGUAAGAGAGGAAUGGACCGCUGAGAUCUUCGAUCUAGAGAUCACAGUGCAACGGAUGGCCACUGAAGGUGCAGUGAAAUUGCUGCAGAUUGCGAUAGAGUGCUGCGAUAAAUUGCCGGAAAAGCGUCCUGAGAUGGAGGAUGUGGUGAGGGAACUAGAAAGUGUGAAGGGUGAUUAUCAUUCUGAGUCUGAUGGUGAAGGUUAUUCGUAUGAGCGGUCAAUGACAGAUGAAUCGAUCUCAUCCGGUGCAUCGAGGGGGAUUGGGGGUGAGAGAUGAUCAUAGUCCUUGAU